AUGUCCGACCUUACAGCGUCUUGCGAGGCCUCUGAACCACCUCCACGGCCACUCAGCUCGGAUGCAGAGGACGUGCGAUAUCACUACGAAAACGUCGAUGAGGCAGCCACCGGUCAGUCUGCUAGCCCAUCCCACACUAGACGUCGGCCAUCUCGCACCAGUUCGGGCUCCAAGAGUUCCCCGCUCUCGGGCUCCCCACCACGUGUAGACGAGUACGGUGAAAGCGACAGGAAAGCAAAGGCCCCCCGUAACACCUUGAAGAAGCUCCUCAGGCGCGACUCGCACCAAGCCGAUACCCCACCUACGCCACGAGGUGAACAGGAAGAUUUCGACCAAGACGAAAGUACUGUGGGUUACAUACCCCGGCUCCGUCAGAUAAAAGAGGGAAAGACAGGCAUGAACCCAGGACGCCGACGGUCCUCUACCGUCAGCUCCGGCAGGCCAAAAGCAAUUCGUCGUCGACAAACUGAGGAGAGUUCCGUAGGCCGGUCACGCGUACACCGCAAACACGCGUCUUUGCAACGGCAUGCUACAAGCCCUGCUAACUCGGACCCCUCUGUUCUCUCCAGCGCGACGCAACCAUCUAGCUCGAGCAGUAGCAACUCAACAGUAACGGAAAAGUCCUACGAGUACGGCCACUUCUCCCAGUACGAGCAGCCUAGUCCGGCACUCGCCAAGAUGAAUUCAGCCCAAUCCGAGGUUUUCAAAUACCUCCAGUCAGAAGAUCCAGCCGAGAGUAUUGCCGCUACCGAUCUCCAAGGGAUGCCUUCUUCAAGUGUUGUCUCAUCAUCAUCAUCUUCUUCUUCUUCUUCUUCGGGUGACACGCGCCUCGGCGACGGGGGAUCCUCUGUGGCGACAGACUCUACUUACUCGGCCGCCACCUCACCAGCCUCAGUACGGAGAUCCGGCUAUACGGAUUCAAACUUGUCUAACCAAGAGUUUCGUAAAUUCAAGAAGCCGCUUUAUGCUAGCAGCUUUGUCCACGGUCCUGGGGAUGAAGAAAACGAACAGCCACCAGACGAGAGUGAAGGAGAAGAAGAUGGUGGGUCAGAUGGUAAAAAAGCGCCAGGGAAAGAUGGUCAUGCGCGCAACAAGGUUGCCACUAAAGCCACAUCUCGACGGGCUCCGUCUGCAGCGUCUCGUCGGAGUGAUACGCAUUCCAGGCGUCUGAAAGAUCAAGAACGUGAGCUUGUUAAUCAUAUUUUGCAAGCUCCGCAGCCACAGAAGGACUUUCAGUUUGGCACGGGUCAACCUGCGCAUACGUAUCCACCAAUGCCCUUGUAUAGUUCUCAUGCCUACCCAGGCGCAUCCCCGGCCGUUACCAAUGCAUCACUACAUUCACCAUCGGGUUGGCCUCCGACACCCUCAUUGCCGGCCCCCUUGGCAAUCGGAUAUGCACCGCACCAGUCCCCAGAAGCUGCACAUGCGUAUCCAACACCCGUACAGGCACCAAUGGCACCCGAGGGUGUGGUCCAGCGUAUGCCCCCGCCCUUUUCUCCUCAUUCAGUGCAACCGCCACACUACCAGCAACAUGCCCCGGCAUCCAAUCAGACCAGGCCCACAGUCAUGGGUUACGAACUCUUAGCAAAUGAGCUCACUGCGUCGUCACGCGCCAAGGCUUCCUCACGAAAGGGCCUUGUACCAAUGUAUAGGAAGUUUGAACAUCUCAACCACCGCGUGUUACUGCACCUACAGGACGAGACCUGUGAACUUGAAGAAGAGCUCCGUCAGCUAGAUGAGUGCAUUGCCCAGAUAUCACCCAGGGAUGCCGAGGGAUAUGAAUAUCCUGCAUCUCGCCGGAGUGAUGCACGCUACGGCAGUGACAUGCACUUCAAGAGGACCGAGCUGCUGGGACGUAUCUUUCAAAAGCUAGAGCAAUACAACAAGGCUCUGUCUUCUUUUAGCAACAUGUCCAAGGAGCUCGAUCGCCCCACCACCAAGGACAUAAAAGCCUAUCGUGACUGGAUGGACGAGAAUGAGCCCCUCGAUUAUGCAGAGUCUCAGUUCAUUGAGCGAGACUCGGACCUAGUAGCCAUUCCGCGAAAAGCACCCAUCAAGACGGCACCAGUUGCCGAUCAAGACCAAUCGGCUGCGGUAUGGUUCCCACUAACUCUUGUGCUACCCCUCAUGGCGUUUGCGAUAGUACCAAGCCUCGUUGGACGUCUCCUCGUUCUCGUGGCUAUCGUUGGUGCAGAGCUCAAGUUGGUCAAAUCGACACCUGAGCUGAAGAGCUUCAUGUCCACUCAGGAGUGGAAUGCUGCCGCCUCCAUGUAAUUAUUUCGGGCUGAAUGUGCUCCUCGCCGUCGUUGUGCGCUGAUUCGACUGACUCGGCGGCGCGCUCUGCACCAUGCAAGUGGAUGGGUUCGGCGCAAUGAUCGCCAUCGUUUUCGGCGCACGGACCCAGACACUGCUCGUUCUGGAGUCUUGCACAUCCGCCAGGUUCGACCGAGAUCGCGACAAUUGUGGAGUCUUCCGUGCGCGUUUUGCAGCAAAUUUGUGUUUUCCACACAUGGCGUCAUCUGGCUCCCCCAUGGAGUGAAUGCGUUUUCAUAGUUUGUGUUUAUCCGGCACUCAGUCUCUUAUCCGGCACAUGGCGGAAUGAGCGAUGCUUGAAAGAGGCUACGUAUGGGUAGCGCUCGGAGCUAUUGAAGCCACCCAGCUUGGCGUUGGACGGGCUUUUAUUCAGCACCGGUGGUCGGAUGAAUGGUGGCUGAAGUGGACGGAGGUGCAGUCACCCGCGCAGUGGUUGCGCUACUGGAUAAUGCUCAUUCAAAAGGGCGGCGGCGGCGGCGGCUGAACCUCCAGAGGAAUGACGAGCAGAUUGAGUGAAGGUGCGGAAGGUGGCGUGAUUCUGACAGGUGUUACAGGUUCAGUAGGACAUGACUUGGCGACAUGAGUAGAGGGAGAAGGGUUUUGGCAAUUGUUCCGCGGCAGGCACUCAUGUGGCGCAGUGUAUGUUGUACCUAUGUAGGCCUAACGGCAGGAUAGUGUGGGCGGCGCUAGUGGGGUUAUCAGUUGGAUUGUGAUGGUCGUCGUGCACGACGGAUGUUCUUUGAUGAAACCGAAUGUACAUGUGCAUCAACCAAGAUGUGCAUCGGACCGACCGCAGAGGGACGGCUGAUCGUCGAC